GCGUUCUCCAAAGGGCUGGACUGCGGCCUUAUCUCCCUCACACUCUCACUCUCACUCCUCUGCCCCUUGUCUAUAUAAACCCACAGCGGCGCUUUCCUCUCCGCUCUCAAUCCUCCAGACCUAAUAACGAUAUCUUCCGAGCCUUCCUCCCUCGUUAUCCUCUAUCUUCUUCUCUGAGGAAUUUCAGCAAACGCCUUGCGUGCACGGAGGAGGAAGAAGGAAGAAGCAGGGCGAAGAGAGUUGUUAUACCAUUUCUGCUGUAGUUGCAGAAAUGACUUCUAUCAUCGGAGUUUCCUCUGUAUAUUCCCAGACUCCGUGCAGCGAGCUGUACAGAAGAGCUGCGCCGGCGGCGGCGACGACGAGUAGUGCUACUCUUUCGCUUGCGUUCCCGGAGAGGGCGCACUUCAACAGUGUUUUGAGAGGAAAGAGUGGGUUGGUUAGGCAGGGGUCCGGUGUCGUUUGUUCGGCAAUUGCGACUCCGAACUCGGUGCUCAGUGAAGAGGCGUUUAAGGGACUCGGUGACUUUUCGAAGGACGGCCUCGACUCGGACUUGGAGUACGAGUCGGAAACCGAGCCGGGUUCUGCUGCCAGUGACGACGAUGAGCUCGCCCUUUCCAAACUGGGUUUGCCUCAGCGGCUUCUUGAUAGCCUUGAGAGACGUGGCAUAUCGAGCCUUUUCCCAAUUCAGAGAGCUGUUCUAGUACCUGCACUUGAAGGUCGAGAUAUCAUUGCGCGUGCCAAGACAGGGACUGGAAAGACAUUAGCCUUUGGAAUCCCAAUACUCAAGCGUCUCACAGAAGAUGAUGAACAGGGAGGCUCUCAUAGGCGGACUGGUUAUCUUCCAAGAGUUUUGGUGCUUGCACCUACUCGGGAGUUGGCAAAGCAAGUCGAAAAGGAGAUGAAAGAAUCUGCACCUUAUCUUAACACCGUUUGUGUCUAUGGGGGAGUUUCCUACAUAACUCAACAAAGUGCUCUCUCCCGUGGAGUUGAUGUAGUUGUUGGAACUCCUGGUCGGAUUAUUGACCUGAUAAACGGCAACACCCUCAAAUUGGGCGAAGUUCAAUAUUUGGUACUUGAUGAAGCUGAUUCAAUGCUUGCUGUUGGAUUUGAGGAGGAUGUGGAAGUGAUUCUGCAAAAGCUUCCAGCUCAGAGGCAGAGCAUGCUUUUUUCUGCAACCAUGCCUGGUUGGGUGAAAAAACUAUCGCGGAAAUAUUUGGACAAUCCAAUGACAAUUGAUUUGGUUGGCGACCAAGACGAGAAGCUUGCAGAAGGGAUCAAACUUUAUGCUUUAUCAACCACUUCAGCUUCAAAGAAGACCAUUCUUAGUGAUCUUAUAACGGUGUACGCAAAGGGCGGGAAGACCAUUGUAUUUACACAAACAAAACGAGAUGCUGAUGAAGUCUCAAUGUCAUUAACAAGUAGCAUAGCUUCUGAGGCAUUGCAUGGAGAUAUUUCACAGCAUCAAAGAGAGAGAACAUUAAAUGGUUUUCGGCAAGGGAAAUUCACUGUGCUCGUUGCCACUGAUGUUGCAUCCCGUGGACUUGAUAUUCCCAAUGUUGAUUUGGUUAUCCACUACGAGCUUCCCAAUGAUUCAGAGACAUUUGUGCAUCGCUCUGGGCGUACUGGACGUGCAGGGAAAGAAGGUACUGCCGUUCUGAUGUUUACUAACAACCAGAGGAGAACAAUUAAAACGCUUGAGCGUGAUGUGGGGUGCAAGUUUGAGUUUGCUAGUCCACCAACUAUUGAGGAGGUUUUGGAGUCAUCUGCGCAGCACGUGGUUGCUACUCUUAGUGGAGUGCAUCCUGAAUCUGUACAGUUUUUCACACCAACAGCACAGAGAUUGAUUGAUGAACAGGGAACAAGUGCUCUUGCUGCUGCACUAGCACAGCUCAGUGGAUUUUCUCGACCUCCAUCAUCCAAGUCCCUUAUCACCCAUGAGGCGGGAUGGACGACAUUGCAACUUAUCCGAGAUCCAUCUUUUGCCAGAGGGUUCCUGUCUGCUAGAUCUGUCACUGGGUUUCUUUCAGAUGUUUAUUCUACGGCUGCUGAUGAAGUUGGAAAAAUACAUAUAAUUGCAGAUGAACGGAUUCAAGGAGCAGUCUUUGAUCUUCCAGAGGAGAUUGCCAAAGAGUUGCUGACUAGGCAAAUACCUCCUGGAAACACUGUUUCCAAGAUAUCCAAGUUGCCAGCCCUGCAAGAUGAUGGGCCGGUGAGUGACUACUACGGCAGGUUUUCAAGCAGAGAUCGCCGAGGAGGAGGUCGUGGAGGAGGCCGGGGAGGAGGUUCUAGGGAUCGUCAAGGAUCAUCAGGUGGUUUCCGAAGCUCCAGGGGUUGGGGUAGUGAUGGUGGUGCCGACGAUUCAUUUAGGAGUAGUGGCCGAAGUUAUGGAUCUAGUAACAGCAGACCUCGGAGUCCAAGAAGCAUAGAUGAUGAUUGGCUUAUUGGAGGCCAACGAUCAAGCAGGUCACCAUCCCGAGACAGUUUCAGAAGCUUUGGAGGUUCCUGCUUCAAUUGUGGGCAGUCUGGCCACAGGGCAUCGGAUUGCCCUACCAAACAAGGAUUCUAGACAUGCUUCCUUAAACAUCAGUUUUCCGUCACCAUUGGUGGGUUCCGUGCAUGUUUAAACGUCAGUUUUUCAGCACCAAUGGCGGGUUAGAAGCUGCUGCCACUGCCGGCAGGCAUUGCUUUCUACUGUUUUGUGUUUGUGGGCUGUGCAAUGUCAAUGAGAUUGGGAGAUGCUCCUCCAGAGUCUUACAAGAAACGAAUUGAACUGUACUUAGUUAUAGGAAUUAUGUUUGAACUGCUCUCUCUCCCACUCAUGUAUUUUGUUUUGGCAUUAUAAUCAUUAAAUGUACGUGUUCAUUAAAUUAGAA